CCUCAACCUAUAUUCCUGUGAUGGGCAAAACAUUUUUGUAAAAAACCUACCCUCUGAUGCUGAAGUCUUUAUACAGAUUCCUCAGCAAGAACGAGAAAGAGCCACUUACAGUACACAUGUGCUAGACAAGAAGUACAUGAAUGUCCAUCAGUUCAAUCUCACAAGACAGAAUCUUGUGCAGCCUUUCCACAUCUCAAUUCAACUUGAACCAGUGCCAGGACGGAGUUUCCCUAUCUCCUUGCUUAUUGGCCAAUUCCACCACCCCAGCCCCCAGCGGUACUACCUCCGACAGAACUUUGCUACUGGACAGGACAACAUUACAGUAUUCCUCCCCACGGGAACAUUCAAUGACAGUGGGAUGUAUUACCUUGGAAUCGUUGACUCACACUACAACGCCGGCCGUCAUCGCGAGGGCCAGGUGCUUGCUCGGGAACUACACCUUCUCACUCUGGCUGGAUAAUUGUCUCUUCUGGGAUGAGAAGCAGAGUGCAUGGAGUCCUCGUGGUUGCCAGGUGAUGGAAGAUUCCACUGCCGAGCAAAUGCACUGCAGAUGUAACCAUUUGACUGCUUUUGGAGGACACAUUGACCUUGUCGCCAAUGACUUGAAUUUCAUUGAUGUUGACAGCUUCUUCAGUCUUCACGAGAACCCGGUGACCAUCGUGCUUGUCUGCCUUGUGUUUUGUACCUACUUCAUUCUGUUAGCGCUGUGCCGACAGGCGGAUUUACAUGAUGAGAAGAAAGGCAGAGUUGUCUACCUUACAGAUAAUGGAGGCAGUGAUAAACAGCAGUAUGAAGUUAUCAUAGAAACAGGAUUCCGAAUGGGAGCCGGCAGCACUGCUAAGAUCAGCAUGAUCAUUCACGGCGAGGAAGGGAUGUCAGAGACGAGGGAGCUGAUCAGUGACGACAACCGCCCACUGUUUGAACGCAACUCCAGGGACAAGUUUGUUAUGACUCAUCCUGAUAGUCUGGGCAAGAUCUGGAAGGUGCAGCUGUGGCAUAACAAUUCUGGCCCCUCCCCGAGCUGGUACCUGAGUCGAGUCCUUGUUCGAGAUCUUGUUUCAGGACACAAGUACUACUUCCUGUGCGAGAGAUGGUUUGCUGUCGAGGAGGAUGAUGGGAAGGUGGAAAGAGAAAUAAUGGCUCUAGAUGGAGAUAUUGGAUUCUCAACAGUAUUCUGGGCCAAGGGCACGCAGUACAUGGCAGACUUUCACCUCUGGACGUCACUGAUGACGCGCCCGGCACACAGCCGCUUCACCCGGACCCAGCGCCUCACCUGCUGCCUCACCCUGCUUAUGUCCUACAUGUGUCUGAAUGCCAUGUGGUACAAACAGACCGAGACAGAGGUACGAGGAGAGUUUGGGCUGCUCGAUGCAUCAUGGCAAAAUGUGAGCGUGGGAGCCAUCAUCUGCAGCCUCAUCAUCCCCCUCAACCUCCUGCAGGGCUUUCUGUUCCGGAGAAGUAGGGUACGUUACCCAGGCUCCGAGCCAGACAAGUCUGAGUAUGUGAGCGGGAAGCCUAGCGAGGAGGUGUCGAGGGAGCACGAGGAUGAGACCGUCCAGCCCAUCAUGACGUACUCCCUGCUGGAUCAGUCCAUCCUCAACUGGCAGAGCAUCCAGGACUGGGCCCAGAAGCAGUGGAUCAAGAGAGAGCAGGCUACAGUACACUCCGGCUCCAACAGCGUCAAGACCAGCCACCCCAGCAGCCCCCAGACCCCAGCUCCACCGGUGCUGCUCACUCUCAGGAAAGAGGAAGAGACGGAUGUAGCAUCAAGUGGGUUUGAGGACUCCACCAGCCAGGCUUACUCCCAGGGUGUGGCAGACAAGAACCGGGUGCAGCCUACAACCACCACCCCCUCCCCCUGCCAGCAACACAAGUGUCAGGACUCCUGCCACAGAGAUCACUACCGACACCACACUAGUCGACGGGUCUUCCUGCCAUUUUGGUGCCGCUACGUGGCAUGGACGUUGUGUGCUGUUAUCUCAGUAGGCUGUGCCGGCAUCACGGUGCUGUAUGGCUUCAGGUUCGGGAAGACCAAGAGCACGAUGUGGCUUCAGUCUCUGUACUUCAGCUUCAUGAUGUGUAUCUUCAUAGCUCAGCCAUUCCUGAUCUUGCUGACAGUGGUGUACACAGCGAUGAAGCACCGCCAAGAUCCAUGUGUCCUCGACCACUACGAUGACGGCUUUUAUGGCAUUAACAAUGAGUUGGCCCGUCGUCGCAAACAGCGGGAGGUGGAGUGUGAGGAGUGGGAAGAACUUGAGAGGGGCGUGGCAGCUAGACAGAGGUGUCGCUACCUGAGGUUUGCUAGACCACCUCAGGAGAAGACGUUGAUUGAAGCAAGGAAGAAGAUCAUCAGAGAGAAGAAGACACUUGGCCUCUUCAGUGACAGUGUGGUGUUCUCUGUGAUGUUCCUCCUGCUGACUGUCAUGGCAUUCGGGAGAGAUACAGCUUCGCCGUUCUACUGCAACCAGGCCAUCAAGGACGCCUUUGUCAGUGCCGGUGAGAUGCCCUUCUCCCAGAUCAAGACCCGUGGGGAUUGGUUCCAGUGGAGUCAGAUGACCCUCUUGGAGGGAGUGUACAGUCAGAGUGUGUCCGUCUCCCCCACUCAGCCCCACAAACAGAUGGCCAUUGGCCACCUCAACAGCUACCUGAUUGGCGAGGUGCACGUCCGACAGUUACGGGUGGAUCAGGAAGACUGCAGCAACAUCAGAUACAUCACCACAACAUCACCGUGUCGGUAUCAAUACAGCAGCAGUAGGCGGGAUGACAGCAUCGUGGGCGGCAACUCUUCCUGGACGGAUCCUGCCCCCUACAGUUUUCUGUUGUGGGGACAGCAUGGCACCUAUGACCCAACCGGUUCAACUAUCCGCCUCUCGAGGAACAGGUUGGAAGCAUACAGACAGCUGCGUGAAAUGGAGGCGUCCAGCUGGCUGGAUGUCCAGACUCGGGCGGUCAUCGUGGAGCUGACCCUCUUCAAUGUUCCAACAAACCUCUUCAGUUCAGUCACGUUACUGCUGGAGUUUCCACCAACAGGGGGAGCUGAUCCAUAUCCCAUCGUCAUGGCAACACGGGUAUUCUGCUACAUCAGCGCCUGGGACAAUUGUGUGUUGGCCUGUGAGUUGGUGUUUGUGGUACUGACUCUGAUGAAGAUACAAUGUGAGCUUUGUGAGAUUGUCAGAAACCAGGCCAAAUACUUCAACAACUUAUGGAACUACUUGGAGUUCACCUUUGGCCUGCUGUCCUUAACCUAUGUGGUGUGCUAUGUGUUCCGGUUUGUGUUGGUGGCCGACAUCGUGGAGGACCUGCGCAACACCUUUUACGAGGAGUUCAUCAACGUCUCCUUCCUGGCACUCUGGGAUGAGAUCCUGAGAGCUUUAGUGGGACUGCUGCUGUUCUUCAUCAUCGUGAAGUUUGUGCCUCUGCUGCGGUACAUCACAGUGUGUGGCAAGUUCAGCAACAUCUACAAAAGAGCUAGCGCAAGGAGAUCAUCCUCUUCAUGGCCCUGUUUGCAUUUAUUCUGUGUGCGUUCACGGGUCUGGGAGUGGUUCUGUUUGGCUCUGUCUCCCUCGGACUGAGGAACGCCUGGUUCGGACUGUGGACAAUGACAGCACUGAUGGUCAGGAUACAUGCUCCACCUGAUCUGGAAGUCAACAGCUCCCCCUGGUGGCUGAUAUUUGUAUUCAGCUAUCUCGUCUUUGGCGUUGGGCUGCUCACA